AAACACACACACGUGGAUGGGAGCAGGAACGUGCUGCUGGAGCUCGUGAUGAUAAUAUUAGAUCUUAUUAGAUAGUCCGCAUAUUUAGAUUCGAGGCGCGCGCCGUCCGGUUUCUGCCCGGGCUCAGCGCCGCGUGAGCGACACACAGGUCAGUGGAGGAUGGAGAACCUGGAGGUGAGCCUGUCGUGUUUAGGCUUCAUCUGCAGACAUGCCGACAGGAGCCAGCGCGAGCUCAAAGCUCUCCUGUCCAAGCAGAUCUGGAACCACGAGGACAGACAGUGUAUUCUGGAGUGCUUGGCUCAGCUCCUCCUGGAGAAGGAACACACUCUGCUGAUCGCUCGCCACCUGAGACCUCUGCUUUUGGACCUGUUGGAGCGCAGCGCCCAGCGGGUCCGAGCCGGAGGUCGGAUCAACCAUGACCUCCACGAGCGCCUCUGUGUGGCCCUCAGCAGACUGCUGGGUAUCUGCCCUGAUGCACACAUGUUUGCUUCGAGGUACUUCAGUAGCGCCCCCCCAGUGUUUCAGAGGCUCUUCUUCAGCAACGAGGAGGCAUCAGCUGUCCAGUACGGCCCCAGGAGGAUGAAGCUGCGGGACCUGAUGGGCGCCACGCUGCGGUUCCUGCAGAGCGACUGCGGCAGGUUUGGAUCGCUGUGGGACUGGAGUCCCUGUGUGUCCCAGCUUCAGACCAGCGACGCCAUGGUUCGAGGGUACACUGCACAGUGUUUAGCACUUGUAUGUCACAUGACUGAUAACCAGAAGGCGGUCUUCCUGAAGAAACUGCUCACAAAUGAGGAGAUCCUGCACAUGAAAAUGCAAUCUUUGGAGGAGAGUCGACACAUGGAGACAGAGAAGGCUCUGGUGCUGGCCAAUCAGAGCGCUGUCACGUGGCAUCAGGAGGCGGCUAACAAAUUCACCCGAGGUCAGGUGGUAUCAGAGGACCUGUCCCCAAACGUGGUGGCGGUCUGUGGGGUUGUGCUUCCCACAGUCACCCCCAGACAGAACAAUCAGCUGAACCCAAAGAACCUGGUGCUGGUGGGCUCAACCUGCCGGGACCUGACGAGACUGGCUCUGGCUGUGGCUUCGCAGAAACCCGUGCUCGUGGAGGGCCCCAUCGGGUGCGGUAAAACGGCGUUGGUGGAGUUUCUGGCUGCCACCACGGGACACUUGAAGGCUUCAGAGAUCAUGAAAGUGCAGCUUGGAGAUCAGACGGACAGCAAGAUGCUGCUGGGGAUGUAUCGCUGCACUGACAUUCCAGGGAAGUUUGUGUGGCAGCCGGGAACAUUAACACAAGCUGUAACCAAAGGCCAGUGGAUUCUCCUGGAGGACAUCGACCACGCCCCUUUGGAUGUGGUUUCUGUGCUGCUGCCUUUGAUGGAGAACAAAAAGCUGCUGAUUCCUGGACGAGACGACUCCAUCGAUGUGGCUCCUGGGUUUCAGUUCUUUGCAACAAGAAGGUUGUGCUUCAGUGGGAGAAGCUGGCACAGACCGCACAACUCCCAUGCAGCCCUGCUGGAUAAGUACUGGAGCAAGCUGCAGAUGGGAAACAUGACGCGAGGGGAGCUGAAGACGGUUCUGGUCAGCAGAUAUCCGGGGCUCAGCGUGGUGUCAGAUCGUCUGCUGGACAUCUACUGUCAGCUGACGGGGGACAGACACUCUGACCCGAACACAAACAACCCUCUGGGUCCAGACGACGGUCGGGAACCUCCUGCAGAAGAGCGAGUCUCUCCUCUGGAAGGGAGAGCUCUGUCCCUGAGGGACCUCCUGAAGUGGUGUGAGCGCAUCAGUGUCAACUUUGACAACUCCUCUUCAGCCACAGGACAGCUCGUCUUCCUGGAGGCUCUCGACUGCUUCACCGCCAUGCUGUCUUCCUCCAGCAGCCGACUGCGACUGGCUGAGAUCAUUGGGAGUAAACUCAACAUCACCAAAGAGAAGGCGCAGCACUUCUGUCAGAUGUACCAGCCCAGCGUUCGUCUCGGCGAGCUGCAGGUCUCUGUGGGCAGGGCCACUCUGCAGAGAAAGCAGGCCGAAGCCGUGAUGCUGACGCAGUCCAAAGAGACAUUUGCUGCCACGCGGGCCUCCUCGGUUCUGCUGGAGCAGCUGGCGGUGUGUGUGGCCAAAGGAGAGCCGGUUCUCCUGGUGGGAGAGACGGGAACGGGAAAGACGUCUACGGUGCAGCACCUGGCCAGAGUAACAGGUCACAGACUUCGAGUCGUCAACAUGAACCAGCAGAGCGACACGGCCGACCUUCUGGGAGGGUACAAGCCAGUGGACCACAGGCAGCUCCUGCUGCCUCUGCGCGAGGCUUUUGAGGACCUGUUCUCGCAGACCUACUCCAGGAAGCAGAACCUGACCUUCCUGGGUCACGUGCAGACCUGCUUCAGAGGGAAGCGCUGGCAGGACCUGCUCAAGCUCAUGGAGCACGUCUGCAAGUCCGCUCUGACGGCAGGACUGCGGGAGAAGUCCAACGCUGCUUCCCUGCAGGAACAGUGGGAGGCGCUCUCUACCAGACUGAGCCAGACCCAGCAGCAGAUCCGAACCUGCGAGACCGCCAUGGUGUUCGCCUUCGUGGAGGGAACGCUGGCUCAGGCGGUGAAGAAAGGCCACUGGAUCCUGCUGGACGAGAUCAACCUGGCAGCAGCCGAGACGCUGGAGUGUCUGAGCGGACUGUUGGAGGGCAGCGCCGGCUCUCUGGUGCUACUGGACCGCGGAGAUACGGAACCGCUGGUUCGCCACCCGGACUUCCGGCUCUUUGCCUGCAUGAACCCAGCGACUGACGUGGGAAAGAGGAACCUCCCUCUGGGUCUGAGGAACAGACUUACUGAGCUGUAUGUGGAGGAGCUGGAGAACGAAGGAGAUCUGCGGAUCCUGGUUUCAGAUUACCUCAAAGGGCUGAGCACACCUAAGAAUGUGGUCAGCGGGAUCAUCAGCUUUUACCUGAAUGUAAGAAAGGAAGCCAACACCCACCUGGUGGAUGGAACGGGUCACCGGCCUCACUACAGCCUCCGUACUCUGUGUAGAGCCCUGAAGUAUGUGGCGGGAAACCCCUGUCAGAGCGUACAGCGCUCGCUCUACGAGGGUUUCUGCCUGAGCUUCCUGACCCAGCUGGACAGAAGCUCGCACCCCCGGGUCCAGAAGCUGGUCUGUCAGCACAUCCUGAUGGGGAACACCAAAUGUCUCAAACAGUCCAUCCCAGCCCCCCCCGGCCGGCCCAGCGUGCACAUCGAGGGUUACUGGGUGUCUCAGGGUGAGAUGGAGCCAGCUCUGGACCCGAGCUACAUCCUGACCACUUCGGUCAAGCUCAACCUAUGCGACCUGGCCCGAGUGGUCUCAGCGGGGACCCACCCGGUCCUGAUCCAGGGGGAGACUUCCGUGGGAAAGACCAGCCUCAUCCGCUUCCUGGCCGCCGCCACAGGGAACCAGUGCGUGAGGAUCAACAACCACGAGCACACCGACAUCCAGGAGUACAUCGGCUGCUACUCUUCAGACAGCCGGGGCAAGCUGGUGUUCAAAGAGGGGGUUCUGAUUGACGCCAUGAGGAAAGGUUACUGGAUCAUCCUGGACGAGCUGAACCUCGCCCCCACCGACGUCCUGGAGGCGCUGAACCGACUGCUGGACGACAACAGGGAGCUCUUUGUGGCCGAGACUCAGGAGGUGGUGAAGGCCCACCCCAGGUUCAUGCUGUUCGCGACGCAGAACCCGCCCGGCCUGUACGGCGGCAGGAAGGUGCUCUCCCGAGCCUUCAGGAACCGCUUUGUGGAGCUUCACUUCGACGAGCUCCCCAGUGAAGAGCUGGAGAGCAUCCUUCAUCAGAGGUGCAGCCUGCCUCCAUCCUACUGCUCCAAGCUGGUCAAGGUCAUGCUGGACCUUCAGUCUUUACGCAGAGGAUCUUCUGUGUUUGCGGGGAAGCACGGCUUCAUCACGCUCAGAGACCUGUUCCGCUGGGCCGACCGCUACCGGCUGGAGGAGCAGACGGAGGCCUCUCGGGACUGGCUGCAGCAUCUAGCAGAUGACGGAUACAUGCUGCUGGCGGGACGGGUCAGGAGGCCGGAGGAGGAGGUCACCAUCCUGUCCACCUUGGAGAAGCAUUUCAAGAGGAAGGUGAACCCCGAAGCCCUGUUCUGUCAGGAACAGGUCACCAUGCAGUUCAGUCCAUCUGUCGGCAGCGUUCCAGAGGGGUUUGGUCAUGUGGUCUGGACUGGCGGCAUGAGGCGGCUGGCCGUGCUGGUGGGUCGGGCGCUGCGGUUCGGCGAGUCUGUCCUGCUUGUGGGAGAUACAGGAUGUGGAAAAACCACCAUCUGCCAGAUGUUUGCUGCUCUGGCUGGACAGAAGCUCUACUCGGUCAACUGUCAUCUCCACAUGGAGACGUCGGACUUCCUUGGAGGCCUUCGACCCGUCAGACACUCCCAUCAGACUGACGCUGAAGACGGCAGGCUGUUUGAGUGGCACGACGGGCCUUUGGUCCUCGCCCUAAAAGGGGGAGGAGUCUUCCUUAUGGAUGAGAUCUCCCUGGCAGACGACUCUGUGCUGGAAAGACUCAACAGUGUUCUGGAGACGGAGAAGUGCCUCGUCCUGGCAGAGAAGGGCAGUGGCGAUGACAACGACGUCGAGCUGAUCAAAGCCCAUGAGACUUUCCGUCUGGUUGCCACCAUGAACCCCGGAGGAGACUUUGGCAAGAAGGAGCUGUCUCCUGCCCUCCGGAACCGCUUCACUGAGAUCUGGUGCCCUCAGAGCAACAGCCGCUCUGACCUGGUUCAGAUCAUCCACCAUAACCUGCACUCGGACCUCUCGCUCAAAGGACGGGACGUCGCAGAGCUGAUGCUGGAUUUCAUCGACUGGCUAACCCACCAGGACUUCGGCCGGCGCUGCAUCCUCAGCGUCAGGGACGUCUUGUCCUGGGUCGACUUCCUCAACGCCGUGAGCGAGCGGGACGAGGAUGGCCUCAUGACCAUGGGGCCUGUGGAAGACGAGGAAAUGGAGUGGGACCUCAGACUGGACUGGGUCACUGCCUUUAUUCACGCUGCGUGUUUGGUUUACAUCGACAGCAUCGGUUCAGGAACCACGGCAUCCUGUGCAGACGGCGCUCUCCUGGCUCGCCGGUUGUGCCUCGGCUUCCUGCAGCAGAGGUUAAGUAAACUGACUGAACUGGAUGGAGGAAUGCUGGACGCACUGAGGGUCUAUGACAGCCGGCUGCCACGGCAGCCUCGGUGGGGAGAGGACUUCUUUGGCAUCGAUCCCUUCUACAUCGCCUUAGGUCCUUGCACCGAUGGCCGUGACCUGGCGGAUUACGCCAUCGCCGCGGGCACCACAGCCGUGAACGCCCAGAGGCUCCUGCGAGCGCUGAAGCUGCGGAGGCCGGUGCUGCUGGAGGGCUCCCCCGGGGUGGGGAAGACCAGCCUGGUGGCGGCGCUGGCCAAAGCUUCUGGAAAUCACCUGGUCAGAAUCAACCUGUCGGAGCAGACGGACGUUACCGACCUGUUCGGGACGGAUCUACCCGUGGAGGGAGGAAAGGGGGGAGAGUUUGCAUGGCGUGACGGCCCGCUCCUGGCCGCUCUGAAAGCAGGACACUGGGUCGUCCUGGACGAGUUGAACCUGGCUUCCCAGUCGGUCCUCGAGGGCCUGAACGCCUGCUUUGAUCACAGAGCGGAGAUCUACAUUCCUGAACUGGGUUUGAGCUUCCAGGUUCAGCAUGAAAAAACAAAGAUCUUUGGCUGCCAGAACCCCUUCACUCAGGGCGGGGGGCGCAAAGGCCUGCCCAAGUCCUUCCUGAACAGAUUUACUCAGGUUUUUGUGGACCAACUCAGCAGUGAAGACAUGGAGUUCAUAGCAGAUUCUAUCUUCCCCAACAUUGACGAUAAGAUCCUGGUGAAGAUGGUGGAGUUCAGUAACAGGCUGGUUCAGGAGGUGUGUGUGCAGAGGCUGUGGGGCCAGCAGGGCAGUCCCUGGGAGUUCAACCUGCGCGACAUGUUCCGCUGGUGCCAGCUGAUGCAGAACGACCAGUCGCCUGGACGUCACAACCCGGGCCAACACGUGGGCUUGGUUUAUGCAGACAGGAUGAGGAGUGAGGCCGAUAAGGCUCAGGUGCUGCUGGUGUUCAGGGAGGUGUUUGGUGAGGACUGCUCUCCGUACUGCGGCUCCAGGCAUUUCCACAUCACGCCUCUCAGUUUGCAGGUGGGUUUCUCCGUGCUGCCUCGCAGUGGAGGCUCCGCGCUGGCUCUGGACCCCCCCCUGUCCAUCACACACCAGGCUCUGCGGCCGCUGGAAUCCCUGAUGAAGUGUGUGGAGAUGGGCUGGAUGGCCAUCCUGGUGGGCCCCACGGGCAGCGGGAAGACCAGCCUGGUGAGGCUGCUGGCGCUGCUGACGGGGCGCCGCCUCAGAGUUAUGGCCAUGAACAGCGCCAUGGACACCACAGAGCUGCUGGGGGGCUUCGAGCAGGUGGACAUCAUACGGCAGUGGCAGCAGGUGCUGGAGACGGUGGAGGAUGCCGUUGCCAUGGUAACAAGGCGUGGCCUGAUGUCGCUGGAAGUGGGAAUCCGGGACACAGAGUUCCUGCUGCACUCGUGGGGGCUGUUCUGCCGGUGGCAGAAGGACGAGGGUCUGCAGAGGACCGGAGGGGCGCUCAGUUCUGAGGCUCUCAACAAGCUGGAGGUCAUCGUCGUCCUCCUGCACAAACUCAACGCCAAGCUCAAAGUCUUUGCUGACCUGUCCACGCUGCAGAGGGACUUCACGCUGCUGAAGCGGCGCAUGGCUCAGCAGGAGGACCGACGGACGAACGGGGGCUUCGAGUGGCUGGACGGCAUGCUGGUCCAGGCUCUGCAGGCCGGGGACUGGCUGCUCAUGGACAACGUCAACUUCUGCAGUGCCUCAGUCCUGGACCGCCUCAAUGCUCUGCUGGAACCCAACGGCUCGCUGACCGUCAGUGAGCGGGGGGUCAUCGACGGGAAGACCCCCAAGAUCUCCCCUCACCCCAACUUCAGGUUGUUCCUGACCAUGGACCCCGCCCACGGGGAGCUCUCCAGAGCCAUGAGGAACCGGGGGGUGGAGCUGUUCAUCCCUGGGGAGCAUGCAGAAGUGUUCUGGGAUUCCCUGGACUUGAAGACCUUGCUUCACACUGCUGGCGUGACUGGAAAGUGUGUGUGCAACCUGCUGAUCGACAUCCACAAAGGCGUCAAGUCUGCUAUCUGGGAUUCUCCGGCCUCGUCCAUGGCCUCGCUGCUCCAUGCUGCCGCCCUGCUGUCCAGCCAGCUGCACAGAGGUCUGGAUCUCUGCGGCGCCCUGCGGAACGCCUGCGGUGAGGCUUACGCGGCGUGUCAACGAACCCCCGCCAGCCAGAAGCUGGCCCAGCAGGUCAUUGAGCAGCACCUGGCGGUGCUGGAUUCAGAGGCGUGGGGGGGCGAGCUGCUGUGUCCUGGAGUUUGGCCCGACGGGCUCCCGUCUGCCCUCCUCUGCGCCGAGGACUCCUGCUUCUCCAGCGUCCUCAGAGACGGGCAGGUCCUCCUGUUCUGCCUCAACUCCCUCAGCCUGCAGGGCAAGCGGAGUCGUCCUCUCAGCUUCCUCGACCUGCAGCGGGCUCUGCAGGGCAGCGGCGUCCACGAGGACCCGCAUGUCUCCGGAGGAGGGGCUGGUCCAGCGGAUCCUCUGAGGCUCCUCCCCACGGCGGUGCGGCUCGUCACAGAGAGAGCCUCUCACGGAGACUGGAUCCUCCGCAGCAGCUGGCUCUCACAUCUGAUGAAGAGCUUCCAGCAUUCUCCAGAUCCGGUUCUGGUUCAGAUGGAGGCGGGUAACAAGGCUCUGAAGGCUGCGUUCAAGAGCAAGCUCGGUACAAAGGGGAAGUCACUGGCAGAGUUCCUCCAGCCUCACGACACAGAUGAUUACCGGAUGUUGGUGGACAUGCGCUGGAACAGACAAUAUUUGGAGAUUUUGGUCAACAAGUCUCACUUUGAGGAUGAAGACAGACGGAGAGAGUUUCUGCAGACUCUGGAUGCUGUGGCUAACAGGACGGCUCUGAUGAUGGACAGAGAGGAGAAAUCCCUCCUCUGCUCCUGCGCCCUCAGCCAGUCUGCCCAGAACUGUGCCCUGAGGAUCUCCAGCGCCUUCUGUAAAGGGAUGGUGGACGUGGCCCAGCUGCCUCAUCCAGUCCUGGUGCACCUCCAGACCUUCUUCCAGCUCUGGGACUCUUUCGUCCUGCAGGCCGUGGAGACCGGACAACCCAGCAUCCCAGAUCCCCUCAUGUUUGAGAUCCUGCAGCUGCUUCAGUGGCGUGAUCGUUUCUGGGACGUGUGCUGCUCGCUGCCGGCGGACCGUCAGGGCGUGGCCGUGCUGUCGCUGCACUGGCAGUGGAUGCACAAGCCCCUCCUCCUGCGCCUGCCUGCACUGCUGCUGGGACCCUCCCACUCUGCCGUGGAAGGUCAGCAGGAGCUGCAGACGCUCUCUGCAGCCAUCCAGAGCGUGCUGUCCACCCCCGUCUCCGUGACCGCCGCCCUCAAAGGCCUCCAGAGAACUCUGGGGAAAGUUUUACCCUUUAAGCUGGAGUCGGUGGCUGAGUGUUCGUCUCGGCUGAAGCUCCUCACUGACGUUCUGGACGUGAGCGCUCUGAAGCUGGACAGCUCUCUGGCUCCUCUGGACCAGGAGCUGCUCCGACUGCAGGUUGCCGGACUCGGCGUUGAAGUUAAAGAAGUCCUCCUGGAAGCGCUCGGUCUCGUUCUGUUGGCAAACAACCAGGUGGAUCCACAGAAGUCUGGCGUUCUGGAGAAGCUGUUGUUCAGUGUGGAGCAGCAGCACAACCACAUGACCUCCAAAGGGCUGCUGGAGAUCCGGUCCAGGUCUGAGGAGGAGGAUCCAGCAGGAGGAGCCCGCCUGUCCAGAGAGGAGGUGCUGCAGCUGGGCCGCAGGGUCCAGCUCUGGCCUCUCACGGAGGUUCUGGCUGUCCUGAACCAGCUCCGGCUCAGCGCAGAUCUACUGAGCAUGCUUCCUGCUCCUGGUGACCAGAACCAGGAGGACUGCUUACGCAGAGAGCUGUCCAGACACAUCAGCUUCUGCCUCCAGGCCACCCCCAUGAGCGUUGGACUGCUGCAGUCUCUGUGGUUCCUGCUCCACAGUGACCGGCUGGUGGAGGCGUUGCCUCUGGUGUGGUGCCAGCUGUUGUCAGAGGCUUUGGCUGGUCUUUGGACCUGCAGCUUCAACUCAGAACCGGACCGCUGGCUGAAAUGGGAGCCUUUGACUCGUGAGGCCCGGCCCGGUCCAAAGAUGCAGCAUGGAGCUGCUAACACGGGUCCCGCCCUGCUGAGCAAAGCCGUGUGGUCCCGGGGCAUGGUGGGGGUCCUCGGCGCCGACGGUACGGGCCGGUGGGAGCCGGGUGGGCCGGCUCUGCUCUCUCUUUGCCGGGUCACCCUCGGGGAGUGGAAGGGGAGGAUCCAGCAGCUGCAGGAUGUCUCUGCUGUUCUGUGGGAGAACAUGGGUGCGGCGGCGCUGACUGACUUCAGAGGAACAGACUUCAGGCUGCAGGGUGCAGUCCUGCAGCAGCAGCUGCAGAGCAUGGCCCACCUGCUGCCCCCCAGCCUGCAGGACAGCUUCAUGGAGAGCUGCAAGAACCUGGUGGAGGAUCCAAACCCUCUCCCAGCUUCUCAAGAGAUCCAGACGGUCUUCAGGGACUUCCUACCUCCAGACCUUUUCCCCGAUGGUCUGCUGAGGGCCUGCAGCAGCUGUCUGCAGCAGUACGUCCAGAACAAAACGCAAGGCUCCAACACACUGAGUCAUGCUGGGGUUUUCUGGGUCAACAUGGGCCUUCUGCAGAUCAAAGUAUGGACCCCUCAAACCAUCUUCGACCCGGCAUUGAAACGGGCCUACAAGCUCAGCUACGCUCAGCAGGAGCUGGUUUCUCUGGAGGACGAAUGGAGAGCGAGAAGCUUCUCUUCUCAGCUGAUGACUGGAUCAGAACUGGAGGAGAGCACCAUGGAUGGUUUCCAGCAUCCACGAAUCCGCUUCUUGUGGGUCCGCAUGAAGCAGGUGAAGGAGCAGAUCUCCGAGCUCAGCAGGAAGCAGGCCCACCGGCCUCGUGAUCCUCAGUACGCCCCGCUCUUCCAGGAGCUCCAGCAUUACCUGAGCAGCGUCGGCCGCGCGGCCGCCAUCGAGGAGCUGCUAUCUCAGCUCCUGAAGGCCCUGCAGGGCUCCUCCAAGUCCAGGUCGGCAGUGCAGGCUCUUCUGAAGGAGGAGGCUGUGUGGCAGAACUCCCAGCAGCGCUUCUGUCAGAAGCUGCUGGAGGACUACCCGCUGUACCCGGACGUGGUCAGCCCCAUCAGAACCGGCAUCCUGCAGCUGCGGCACGGCAUGAGGAUGGUGGCGUCUCAGGUGGCCGCGGCUCUCACUCCGGUGCCGGGACUGCUCCAGCUGAUGUCCUGCCUGCUGGCCUUCCCCUCGCUGUCCCCCAGCCUGCCCUCAGAUCUGGCUCGGGCAGACUUCCUGUGCUCCACGUCCUGCAUGGAUGUCCUCCGCAGCCUGAUGAAGCUCCUGCCUCAGCAGGACGUCGGCCACGUCGUCCCUCAGUCCUCCACUCUGCUUCUGAACGCCCUGCUGUACCUGCAGUGCCACGCUCUGUCCACCGGGGAGCUGAGUCCAGAGGCGCACGUCCUCUUCAGACACAUCUGUCAGGCGCUGGUGAACGAGUGGGACGAGCAGGAACGGCGAGAAAAGGAGAAGGAGCAGAUGGAGGCCAGUCUGUACCGCCACAGAAGCAGACUCCACGGAUCAGGACUGAGCGAGGAGGAGCAGGAGGAGAAGGACUUCAGGUCCCGGUUCCCCCAGUUUAACAAGGACUUUGCAGACAUCGUGUCCCAGCCCACUCUGGAAGGUCCGGCAGAUUCUGGGCUGGAAGACGGUGAAGCCCAGCAGCAGCCCGGCGAGGCGGGGGUCAUUACUCCGUCAGUGAUGAACAUGGUGAUCGCUGUGCACCAGCGCCUUUGUUUGGGAUACGCCCGAUCGCUGUGGUACCAGAACCCGACACCAGCCAAUCACAGCAAACAUCACAUUCAAGCCCUGCUGUCCUCCUAUCAGAUCGCAUCCCCUAUGAUGUCACGCUUCUACUACCUGAUUGACUCAGAAGUGGACCAGCAGCUGACGGGCAGUGGGCUGGUGCUGUCAGCCCUCCUCCAGAACACUGUGCAGAGCUCAGGGGGUCUCCACGGUCUGGAGGUCGCCUCAGACGGACCGUACGACUUCUACCAGCAGCCCAACAUGAGCGAGGCCCGUCUCUGCCUCCCGGUUCUGGAGCAGCUGAGCCAGGCGGUGAGGCAGAGGCUGGAGGACUGGCCCGAACACCCAGCGCUCGUUCAGCUGACGGUGGUGAUGGACAGGAUCCUGGCCUUCAGUCUGGACAGCCCGCUGGCAAAGUUCCUGAAUGGUUUGGAGAUUCUUCUCUCCAAAGCACAGGACUGGGAGAACAACGCGAGCCGUGCGGUCUCUCUGCGGAAGGAAGUGGAAGCCGUCACCCAGCUCAUCAUCCAGUGGCGCAAACUGGAGCUGAAUUGUUGGUCAAACAGUUUAGACAACGCCAUGAUCCGACACUCGCAGAAGUCCAGCAGACAUUGGUUCUCCAUCUACCAGCUGGUGGAAAGGUAUCUAGAGGAGCAGAGGACGGAGAAUGACUCAGGUGAGGUGGAGCGCCUCUCUCUGUCCUCGGCGUCCUCCACGCUGCAGGCCUUCAUUGAAGGCUCCUCUCUGGGCGAGUUCCACACGCGCCUCGGCAUGCUGCUGAGCUUCCACUGCCACCUCCUGCUGGUGCCGGACCGGCCCGGACGAGAGUCUUUGUCGGCUCUCCUGUGGAACCUCCACAGAUACUACAGCCAGUUCUCUGACAGCAUCCAGACCAGAAUCUCUCAGCUCAGACAGCCCAUCGAGAAGGAGCUCAGGGACUUUGUGAAGAUCUCCAGGUGGAACGACGUCAGCUUUUGGUCCAUCAAGCAGUCUGUGGAGAAGACUCACCGCACGCUCUUCAAGUUUGUCAAAAAGUUUGAGGAAGCUCUGAACAGUCCCAGCGUUCCCGCUCUGGUGGAGCAGGGAAGCAGCUUAAACCCGGAUGAGGUGGACGCUAACCUGGAGGAAACUCCUCUUCAUCGCGUCCACCAGGCACUGAGGAACGCGCCGCCUGGAAAGGGCAAAGAUCUGCAUGUGGAGGGUGAAGGUCCAGAAGGAGACGUGGGCUCUCUGCAGGCCCGUCUUCCCGCUCUGUUCAGGAAGAUGAAGAAGAUGUGUGUUCAGCUGCUGAAGAAGAGCCCGCUGCCGGAGCUGACGGAGGAUCUGGACUGCUUCACCGGUGAAGUCAUCACCAACAUGCGCGGGCUGCAGAGCCUCAACAUCGACCUGACAGCGGAUAAGGAGAAGCAGAAGGCGGAGGUGAAGCACAUCCUGCAGCAGAAGCAGAGGGCUCUGUCCGACCUGUUCAAGAUGCUCGCUGCCAUCGGCCUGUCGUACCGCAAAGGCCUGACGUGGAACAGAACUGCAGACUCUGAGAAAACCCUCAGCAUGCCGCCGCUGGAGAUGAGGACGGGGGUGUUGACCGGGAGGAGCCAGGACCCCGCAGAGAACAUGUUGCUGACGGAGCUGCUGUCGGCGUGGGACGGGUGUCAGAAGUACUUCUACCGUUCGUGGGCCCGGAGAACAGCCCUGCAGACGGCCCUGCAGCACGCCGCUAAGGAGCUGGGCGUGGGGAACAUCGACCGCUGUCGAGGCUUCUCCUCUCACCUGUUCAAGCUGCUGCUCGGACAGAGGCGUCGGCUGGUCCGGGUCACCGAGAGCUGGGUCCACCUGCGGAAGUUGACCAGCAGCAUGCAGAGUCUUAAAGCUCAUGCCCAGACCCCUCCUGAGGACUGGGGGUGCACCCUCCCUCCCCAGGACCCCCUCCAGGACUGGGUGAGGCGGGGCCGGCUGCUGGCCGCUCAGUGCGCUGCCGUCCUGCAGCAGCUGUCCUGGCUGCUGCAGUGCUGUCCUGAAGAUGGCCAGCAGAGGGAGCAUGCGAGCAGCCCGCCCCCUCUGAGCUGCCUGUCCCCGGCAGCGGCCCCGCGCCAGCCCCCAGGCCUCCUCAUGAGGAGGGGGGACGCUGUGUGGAUGGAGCUGCAGCAGCAUGUGGUGGAGAUGCUGACGAGGACCCAGAAGCUGCAGCAGGACCUGGGUUCUGUGGGUCAGGGGGGCUCGGUUCUGCUGACAUGGAGCAACUUUGACACCUGCUGCUCGGCCGCGGAGCAGCUGGGAGGCGUGGCAGCUCAGAUGUCCGGCGUGGAGAAGCACUUCUCGCCGUCCACGUCUGUGGGCGGUCCUGACUGCCAGCCGGCCGUGACCCAGAGUCUGCGGUUUGUCCGAGCUCAGGUGGAGGCUUUCGGUGCAGACUUCACCGCCUGGAGGACGCAGCUGCUCUGUCUGGGGCCUCAGCACUCCGACGAGCGGUCUGGUUUCUCCUCUGAGUUCUCUGCUGAGCUGGAGGGAAACAUCAACACGGUGCUGUGCGCCGUUCAGACUCUUGUCAAGAGAAGCCAAAGAGAUCAGGAGGAAGAGGAGAAAGAUGCUGAGGAGGAGGAGGAGGCGCCUGCAGACCUGCUGAAGCCGGGUCACCUGACUCGCCUCCUGGAGGAGGAGCUGGAGGCCGAGCUGGAGGCUCUCUCUGCUGGAGACGUUUGCGUCCGGCUGGAGAAACUUCUGCACAGCCUGAGGAGUCGCAGAGACUCGUGUUCUCCUCAGCAGCUUCAGGAGGUCAAUGACGCCUGCAUGAGGCUGCUGCGUCUGCAUCCACUGCUGGAGGUUUACUGCGAUACGCUGCGCUAUUAUCUCAGCGUGUCGCUCGGAGUCCAUCGGAGCACCGGGAAGCUGCUGUCCGUCCUGGCCAGCAUCUUCACGGAGCUGGCUCAGAAGGGCUUCUGCCUGCCUCAGGAACUCAUGCCGGGAGGAGACGGAGAGGGCGCCACCGAGUUCCACGACUACGAAGGGGGCGGGAUUGGCGAGGGCGAAGGCACCAAAGACGUCAGCGACAAGAUUGAGAACGAAGAUCAGGUGGAGGACGUCUCACAGGAAGGUCAGGACAAGGAGGAGCAGCAGGAGAAGGGGAACAUUAAGUCAGAGGAGAACGCCGUAGAAAUGUCUGAGGACUUUGACGGCCAGAUGCACGAUGGAGAUGAGAACGAAGAAGAAGAUAAAGACGAUGAGUCGGACAAAGAGGAAGAUGAGGAGCUCGACAAGAAGAUGGGAGAUCUGGGAGAAGGUCAGACGGACACCCUGGAUGAGAGGAUGUGGGGGGACGAGGAAGACGAAGACGAGGAUGGAAGUGAGAAAGAGGAGGAGUCUGGACAGGGCAUGGAUCAGGGAGAGUCGGAACUCGUAGCCAAAGAUGAAAACUUGGACUCUGCUGAACCAAACAAGGAGAAGAAGAACGAAGAAGAAAAAACGCCAGAGGAUGACGGAGAGCAGAUCAAUGAGCAAGGAGAUCAGAGGGACUUUGACGAGAACGAGGUGGACCCGUACCACGGACAGCAGGACAAGGUGGCCGAGCCGGAGCCCAUGGAGCUGCCAGAAGACCUCGCCUUGGGCGACGACGAGGAGGGGGGCGAUGAAGAAGAGGGGGAGAACCCGUUUGACCUGGAUGACAAAGUCAUGGACCAGGAGGUGAAGGAGGAGCAACCUGGAGAUGAAGGAGAGGGGAUGGAGGAGAAGCAGCCGGAAGAGGAAGAGGGUCAGGAACCCAAAACUGAGGAGGAGAACAAGGAGGAAGGAGGUGAUGGGGCAGAGGUGAAGGAGGAGGAAGAGGAGCCAAGUGAAGAAAAAGAGGAGGAGAAAGAAGAGAGAGAUGGAGAUGCAGGAAAUAAGGAGGCGGCGGCGGUUCCUGUGGACAAAGGAGCUGACCCAAAGGAUGAGGAAGAAGGUGAGGAUGAGGAGCAGCCGGACUCCACUGAGAGGAAGGAGCACAGCACCGACGGUCAGACCGGAGACGACAACCUCCAGAGCGACGCGGCGGUGGAGGUGGCGGGGGAGGCGUCGCAGAGAGACCAGGCCAAGGAGGAGCACGGCAGCGGAGCGGCGGACGCCAGCCAAUCAGAGGGUCACGAGUCCAAGCUGACGGCCAGGAUGGCGUCUCAGUCGCAGACGCAGAGGAAGACUCAGAGCUACAAAAGGAAACCGGGCCGAGCGGAGGAGGAGCGGUCCACCGGCGACUACAACGAGCGCAUCAACAAGCGGCUGCGGACGGUGGACAGCAGCGAGGAGCGCUCCCAGAAGAACAAGCCUAGCGACGGGCAGCAGGAGUCGGACCUGUACGAGCACGUCAGAGAGGGGGAGAUGGACUACGACGCUCAGACUUACGAUGUUGCCAGUCUGGAGCAGCAGAAAGCGAUGGGGCCGCAGAAGAAUCCCAAUGAAGAUCAGGAGGAGGAGGAUGUUGCCAUGGAAACGGAGCAGCCGGAGGAGGAGCUGAAAGCCGCUGAGGUCCAGGAGCUGAAACCGGAGCAGCUGGACUCCUCCAGAUCCUCCCGGAAAGGCGCAGACGGCGGGGAGAUGGAGGUUCAGAGGCAGGCAGAGGAAGAGGAGGACGAGAGGCAGAAAGACCGACAGCAAGCUGGAGACGAGGAGCGAGCUGAAAGGAGCACCGAGUCCACCGUCCACACCGUCCCAGAGCUGCUGAUGGAGGACACGCAGAGAGAAGACAGAGACCCUGAGGAGCUGAGGAAGGAGAUGGAGCUGCAGCUGGAGGCCUGGAGCAGACUGGGACCAGGGACGCAGGAGGAGGAGAGCCAAGCCGCCUGCAUGUGGCACCGGUACCAGAACCUGACGGCGGCUCUGUCACAGCAGCUGUGCGAGCAGCUCCGCCUCAUCCUGGAGCCCACGCAGGCCGCCAAGCUGCGGGGAGACUACCGCACAGGCAAACGCCUGAACAUGAGAAAGGUCAUCCCGUACAUCGCCAGCCAGUUCCGCAAAGACAAGAUCUGGCUGAGGAGGACCAAACCCAGCAAGAGGGAGUACCAGAUCUGCCUGGCUGUGGACGACUCGUCCAGCAUGGUGGACAACCACUCCAAGCAGCUGGCCUUCGAGUCACUGUCAGUCAUCAUCAACGCUCUGACGCUGCUGGAGGUCGGACAGGUGUCUGUGUGCAGCUUUGGCGAGCAGAUGCAGCUGCUGCAUCCCUUCCAGCAGCAGUUCAACGACGAAUCGGGAGCUCGCAUCCUCCGGCUCUGUCAGUUCCAGCAGAAGAAGACCAGAAUCGCUCAGUUCUUAGAGAGUUCCACCAAGAUGUUCCUCUCAGCCCGUCAGCAGAUUCCUGGAUCCUUCAGCUCAGAGACGGCUCAGCUGUUGCUCAUCGUGUCUGACGGCAGAGGCCUGUUCCUGGAGGGGAAGGAGCGCGUGACCGCCACGGUGCGAGCUGCACGCAACGCCAACAUCUUUGUGAUCUUUGUGGUUCUGGACAACCCCAAUUCACGGGACUCCAUCCUGGACAUCAAGGUUCCCAUCUUUAAAGGUCCGGGAGAGCUCCCGGAGAUCCGCUCCUACAUGGAGGAGUUCCCCUUUCCGUUCUACGUCAUCCUGCGGGAUGUCAACGCGCUGCCGGAGACUCUGAGCGACGCGCUCAGGCAGUGGUUCGAGCUGGUGACAGCGGCAGAUCCGUGACCCGCCGCUCACGCUCUGAUCGGACAGCAGAGAUGGAGAAGAACAGAGAUCUCUGAUCCGCUGUCCUGCAGGUCCAUGAAGAUCCACGGAUCCACCUGUGAUGGAAGUGACCUUCACCUCAUCUCAAGCACUUUGGAGCAGAAGCUGCUUCUGUCAGGAAAGCAUCGCGAUGAGCUUUAAACCAGAACCUUAACAUGUAUGACUGAUGCUGAACCAAUCACCCUUUCACAAUAAAAGAACGAGUAAGAACAUUCAGAUGAUCCAGAAAAUGUGAACUCAGUCAUGAACUUGAAGCUCUGAAGUGCUGACCAGAGAAAAGGGGACGAGUCAGGAGAUAUUUUUAAUGCAGAAGCCACACUGAAGAAGAAGAAGCCAUAAACCUUUUCAAGAAAUUAAAAUAUUUUCACUUCUUAUGCAGGUGUGUUUACUAUUUUAUUGUUGAGGAAAAAAUGGUGAAAAGGAGUUUGUGAUCUGUAGAUCUGCUGUUUACAAUUAAAGACUAUGAAAAAUAUCAACAUUUUUUCUGGCUUAAAAUAAACUCAUUGUAAAGGACAAAA